GUGACUGAGAAAGGAUAAUUAAUUUUUUUUCGGAAAAAUAUCAAACAAUCAACAUCAAAACAAGUGUAGAGAAAACUUGGAAAUAUUAGUAAUACCACAUCGAUUGUCAUCAAGCAGAAAAAUCGUGAAAUGGAAUCGACCGAAAGCAAUAGCGGUCAGUGUGGUGACCAAGUCGACGUGAAGCCAAAGCUUGAAAUCAAAGAGGAACCAGAUGAUGGCAUUGUAGUCGUGAUUUCAUCUUUAUCUCGACACAACGAUUCGAUGGUGCCUGAGGAUCGAAAUGAAGUCUACGAUUUCUCGAGCUUGGAUUUGGUGAAGGAAGAAAUUGAUACGAAGGAUGAAAUCAAAUCGAUGGCGAAAGAAGGUGCAGCGAAUGAACAAUGUCCAGGAAGCUGCGGUAAGGCACCAAGCAACAAAGAUCUCCAAAUCGAUUCGGCUUCAAAGCCAACGAAAGGAUUGAAGAACAAAAAGCGACAAGGCCAUGUUGCACAAAAAACAUCCAAACAACACAAGUGCGAAACUUGUGGCUUUGUCGCCAAAUACAAAUCAAAAUUGACCACACAUUUACGUAAGCAUACCGGCGAGAAGCCAUAUGGCUGCGAUCACUGUGACAAACGAUUCCAGACAAAACAACAUCUUCAAAGCCACAUGAAAGUUCAUGUAGCGGAAUUUUUAUUCCAUUGUCACGGCUGUUUGAAAGGAUUCGACGCAGAAGACGAGAAGAAGGAGCAUGACAAGGAUUGUAAAAUAAAGCGGUACGAAUGCCACAUCUGCGAAGAAUCAUUUGGAUCCAUGAAAGCAAAUUUGACAAGACAUAUGACGGUGCAUAGUGGCGCAAAGCCAUUUGAAUGCAAAGAAUGUUUCAAAACAUUCACCCGAAAAGGCUCUCUCCGUCAACAUAUGAAGUGUCACGCUGGUUCACGCGCACUCCAUUGUUCACGUUGUCGCCGAGCAUUCUUCCAUGAAAAUAAACGAAAUGCUCAUGAAAUCAAAUGCAAUCGGAAGGUGUACGAGUGUUACAUUUGUAGCAAAUUACAUAAUUAUCGAAUAAUUGUAAAUUUUCCUGUCAUUUGGAGUCAGCAUUUCUUUCCUAUGAAAACUAACAAUGAAGAAUAA